UGGCCCUUUAAAUCGCAAAGACACUGUGCACCCAGACUUCGUCAUUGCAACCCGUCAUUACAAUGAGCUUAUAGACCAAGAAAGGAAUACCACUAACUUUGAAAACAUUUCAAUCUUUGACUUCUUUGUUUGGACCCACUUUUACAGUGUUAGCAAAACUUUCCUAGGCUCAGGCCAGGGUAGUGUUGGCGACAUAGACUUCUCUCAUGAGGGCCCUGCUUUUCUUACCUGGCACAGAUACCACUUGAUUCAACUGGAAAGGGACAUGCAGAACCUUUUGCAGGAUCCCACAUUUGCACUUCCUUACUGGAACUUUGCUAUUGGUGGAAAUGAAUGUGACAUUUGUACAGAUGACCUUAUGGGUGCGAGAAGCAAUUUUGAUCAAAAUCUCUUAAGUCCUAACUCUGUGUUCUCCCGUUGGCGUGUUGUAUGUGAAUCUGUGGAAGAUUAUGAAAGCCUAGGGACUAUCUGUAACAAUACAGCAGGUGGCUCAAUCAGGAGAAAUCCUGCUGGAAAUACUGCCCGCCCAAUGGUACAGAGGCUUCCUGAGCCAGAAGAUGUGCUUCUCUGCUUAGAAGUAAACUUGUUUGACACUCCCCCAUUCUUUUCAACCUCUUCAGAAAGCUUUCGGAAUACCAUUGAAGGUUACAGUGAACCUUCUGGGCAAUAUAAUCCCACAGUAAGAAGUCUUCACAAUCUAGCUCAUCUGUUUCUCAAUGGUACUGGGGGACAAACUCACUUGUCUCCAAAUGAUCCAAUCUUCGUGCUUCUUCAUACCUUUACUGAUGCAGUUUUUGAUGAAUGGCUGAGGAGGCAUAAUACAGAUACCAAUCAGUAUCCUCUGGAAAAUGCACCAAUUGGUCAUAACAGACAGUACAACAUGGUACCCUUCUGGCCACCAGUGACCAAUAAUGAAAUGUUUGUCUUGGCUCCAGAUAACCUGGGAUACUCAUAUGAUGUCCAGUGGCCUGGUCGUGCAUUAGGUAGUACAGAGAUCAUCACCAUAGCGGUUGUAGCAGCUUUGGUUCUAGUGGCUAUAAUUUUUGCAGGUGCCACAUGUGCCGUUCAACACAGAAGCAGAAAGAGAAGCAGAAAGAUCCACUGA